CCGACUGACUUCAAGUCUUUGGGCUGAAAAAGACUAUUAUUUGUAAAGCAUCAGGACGAAUCGCAGCCUGAUUUAAACCUACACACAACCCAUUAUCGGCGGUUCUCGCUCUUUCUGAAUCUCUCAUAUUCGCACUUGGCUCCUGUGCCUAAACACUACUGAGCGCCUCGGCUGAUGUCGCGGAGGGAUAUAUUGCUCUCCGCUUCUGGACACGCCGCCGUACUGCGGAUAGAUAUCAUGAGCGCAAUCAGCCUCGGUUAGUCCCAGGAGUCAGUCGCGCUGUAGCGCAACGCGACGUUAUUGAGCAUUUAUUUAAAAGAUAUAUCACGGGUCCUUUCUUUCACUUUUUUUUAUUUACUUAACCUGAGAACCAUCUCUCAGAAUUUAGCAGCUGCCAAAGUAGACAGUUAACCCCUCGUCUUUGGCUCAAGCCUGGAACUACUCCAGUUCAUAGAAAUAUAACGGAGUGGGCUACAAGUGCGUUAUCAAACAUUAACGUUUACAGUUUGUUAGGGGGGUGGGGGCGCCAAACAUGCUUGUUUUUAAAAGCAGCGACCCAGUAAGUGCUCUGGUUUGUGGCUCACGCCCACUUUACCCAGUACUCCAACUCGACACCAAAUCGGCCACACGCCGCUACCGAAGUGAGCUUUCAGACGUCCGGCGGUCUUCCCAGAAUGGAUGUUUUAACAGUUCCCCAAAAGAGAGAAGAGGGCUGGUACUUGUCUCUAAUGGCACCAAACACAAAGGGUCCAAAAUUUGCAUGGCUCGAUCCAUCAAGGGUUUAUUGCAAUUCACAGGCCCUGUCAGAUUGCGUAAAAGAUCUUCUCAAACCGUUCCAGAACGAGACCGUUGACCUGGUGGCUGGAAUAGAUGCCAUGGGCUUCAUCCUCGGUUCAGCUGUGGCCGUGACUUUAGGAAAAGGGUUUCUGGCCAUCCGAAAAGCGGGACACUUAUGUGUUGAAACUCGCGCUCAGGACUACAGCGACUACUCCGGACGAGAGAAACUGAUGGAAGUGCGAGUCGAUGUGUUAAAGCCAGGUCUGCGGGUUCUUAUAGUAGACCAGUGGAUCGAGACUGGAGGUACUAUGAGAGCAGCUAUUAAACUGGUGGAGAAUCAAGGAGCUGCUGUUGUAGGCAUUGCCGCCGUGGCCAUUGAGAACAGCGAGGGGGGAAAGUGGCUAAAGGAAAACUAUAAAUAUUCCCACUGCAUCCCAAAAGAGCUGCAGUCUCAGAUAGACGCUCAGCACCUGGAGUCUUUUAAGAGCUUUAGUGGUUAAGUUAAAUUGAGAAAUCGCUAAAUAAUAUUCACGGGAACUUUUAAAUUGCAAUUUUAAGGUUGUAGCUUAGAUUACAAACUUGAAAAUGGUGAAAUAAUCAAUAAUGAUGAACUUGAACGGUAUUAAAAUCAGUAUUUAAUCAAAUGACAUUAUAUAUUGA